UAGGUGCAUCUGGCUGGUGGGUUAGCAUGUAUUGUACAUCUCCAAUUGAAAAGGUGGUGGUGAGCUUCCCCCUUGAAUCACUGCAGUCCAUUUGGUGCAGGUGGAUGACCCACACAGCUGGUGGGGAAGGAAUUCCACAAUUUUGACCCAGUGACACUGAAGGACAGUUAGGAAAGGGGAGGACUGCUCAUUCACUGUGGCUUACAGCUACAUCCAAUGAAUGAAUUAAAGAAAGAAAAACAAGCAGGAUGGGAACAUAUUGGGAGAAAGUGAGAACUGCUGCGCUUUUCCAGCAACACCUUUUCAGCUGGGAAUAUUACUCUGGUAGGGUUUGGGGAAGGGAUGGUGUCUGAGUUGGAGGGUAGAGGAUUGUGAAAGAAACGCCUUUCGGGCGGCGUGGCUGUCGGAGGGAGCCGUAGAGCCGGCUGAGGCGCAUCUUGAUGAGGGAGGAGGACAGCGACAGGGCGCUCACACCGGGACCGGGACGGAGACGGAGACACAGGGGGCACGAUCGCACCCAGGCAGCGGGCCGGAGACACAGGGGUCCAGGAUGGCGGCGGAGCGGCCGGGCGGCUCCGAGUCCACGGUGUGGGACCCGCAGCACUCCAACAAGCUGCUGAAGAGCCUGAGCUCCUUCCGGAACGAGCCGCUGUUCUGUGACGCGGUGCUGGUGGUCGAGGGCCACGAGAUCCCGGUGCAGAAGAACCUGCUGGCGGCGGCCAGCCCGUACGUCAGGACUAAAUUGAAUUAUACAGCUCCAGCAGAUGAUGGUUCAGUGUAUAAAAUUAUCCUAGAUGGCAUUUCUGUUGCUGUUAUGCAUGAAUUAUUGGAUUAUAUGUUUAGUGGCCAGAUUAAGCUGAGUGAAGACACUAUUCAGGAUAUUGUGCAGGCUGCAGAUCUUCUCCUCCUUACUGAUUUAAAAGCUCUGUGUUGUGAAUUUUUAGAAAGUUGCAUUGCUCCUGAGAACUGUAUUGGUAUACGUGAUUUUGCUUUGCACUACUCUUUGCAACAUGUAUACUACAUUGCUACUGAGUAUCUGGAAACACACUUCCGUGAUGUCUCCCACACAGAGGAGUUCUUGGAACUAAGCCAUGAAAAAGUGAAAGAAGUUAUCUCUUUGGAAAAGUUGAAUGUUGGAAAUGAAAGGUAUAUCUUUGAAGCAGUGGUAAAAUGGAUUUGUCAAGAUCCUGUGGUUCGAAAGGUUCACAUGAAGGAUGUGAUGUCUAUGGUUUGGGUCAAUGGUCUGGAUCCUAGUUAUCUGAGAGAGCAAAUGUUGAAUGAACCUGUGGUGCGAGAAAUUGUCAAGGAGUGUACCAAUAUUCCUCUCAGCCAAAGAGAAGGAGAGGCUCAGCUAGCUACCUUCAAACCUCGAGGGUAUUCUGAAUGUAUAGUGACGGUGGGAGGUGAAGAAAGGAGUACACGAAAGCCUACGGCUGUCAUGCGGUGCAUGUGUCCAUUAUAUGACCGUAACAGACAACUUUGGAUAGAAUUGGCCCCAAUGAGUAUUCCACGCAUUAACCAUGGAAUAUUGUCAGCAGAGGGCUUCCUCUUUGUGCUGGGUGGACAGGGUUUAGACAACAAUACUUUAAGUUCAGGAGAGAAAUAUGACUCCGAUACUAACUGUUGGACUCCCAUUCCUCCAUUGAGUGAGGCAAGGCACAAUUUUGGAAUAGUGGCAAUAGAUGGAGUUCUUUAUGUACUGGGAGGUGAAGAUGGUGAAAAUGAGUUGCUAUCAAUGGAGGCCUAUGACAUUCACACUAAGAUAUGGACAAAACAACCCAACAUGACUAUGGUUCGAAAGAUUGGCUGCUAUGCAGCUAUGAAGAAAAAGAUCUAUGCAAUGGGUGGUGGCUCAUAUGGAAAAUUAUUUGAGUCUGUUGAGUGCUACGAUCCCAAGACACAGCAGUGGACUGCGAUCUGCCCAUUAAAAGAAAAAAGGUUUGGUGCAGUAGCAUGUGGUGUUGGCUUGGAACUAUAUGUUUUUGGUGGUGUUCGCAGCCGUGAAGGUCAUGAUGCGGAAAGCAAUGAAAUGGUCACCUGCAGAUCAGAAUUUUACCAUGAUCAAUUCAAAAGAUGGAUAUAUUUGAAUGAUCAAUCAUUGUGCAUCCCAACAAGUUCCUCUUUUGUGUAUGGUGCUGUGCCCAUUGGUGCCAGCAUUUAUGUUAUUGGCGAUUUGGACACAGGCACACAGUAUGACUUUGUCAGAGAAUUUCGCAGGAGCACAGGAACCUGGCAUCAUACCAAGCCAUUACUCCCUUCAGACCUCCGGCGAACAGGCUGCGCAGCUUUGCGUAUUGCAAAUUGCAAGCUUUUCAGGCUACAGUUACAACAAGGUCUUUUUCGCAUACGCAUUCCCUCUGUAGGUCCAAGUGGACCAUAAUGCAAAUGGUCAGUGGUGAUCCCAAUUCUAAACCAAACAUUAUAUAUUGCAAAAUGAGGGAUAAUCUUGCAAAGUCUGAUAUUUUGUCUUCGUUACAGAUUGGUAACGGUUAAAACGUACCCUGCAAGGGCAAUGCAUUGUUGCACACAUUUUAACGUGAACCAGAAAGGUUGUGCUUUUUUCCUUAUGUUCUGAAAGCUCAGUUAUGGUAUUUCUAACUGUAGCAUUUAAAUUACAAGGCAUUAAACCAAAUCUUCAGCUUUCUGAUAUAAAGUAAUCUGAAAUCAAUACUUAGUAAGUGCAAAUCUGAAAAAGAGAUACUUGUUUCAAAAAGUGCAGAGCUGAUGCAGAAUUCUGGAGAUAGUUGCUAUCCCAGUUAGAAUGAAUUCUGUUCUCUUUUGAAUGUUCUAAUCUAAGCUGUAAAGUCAGUUUUAUUUUUUCACUAUGUUAAACAAUAGUUCUAAUACAAAAUGUUACAUUAAAUAUUAACUUAUCUUUUGUAGCUCACGCUUGUUAAAGCAAAAUUUAACUUUAAAAACCAGCAGCCAAAAAUGGCUAUAUUUUGAGUUUAACUUGUGUCAACUGUUGGACUCCAAAGUCCACUUUUUGGUGAAGGAACUACUGGGUGAAAGAAAUAUUGAUAGAAACCUAAAUUUGACAACUCUUGAUUUUUGAAGAGAAUUGCUGUAAUGUUGAAGUGUUUUUGAAUGGUUAUGUCACAGUAUCAGUUAAGGUUGUUACUGUUAGAAUUAGAUUUGUUAUUAACACUUAAGUUUCAAAACAAUAUUUAAAACGGAUAGUUGGCUGGUUCAAAAUAAUUAAUAGACUAGUCAAAGAAAGUUACAUUUCUACUGUAAAGUUUCACAUUACACCCUGAAGUUGAAGCUGUUUACAUUUGCUAUAUAAAAAAAAGACUCCUGUCAGUCUCCUGUUAAAUAACAUUACCUGUAAUGUUCAGUACCACAGAAGUUAUUUCCACACAACACAAUUUGGCAUGGAACUAAAGUUCUGAAUUGACUGCACUGAAAGGUGAAAACCUCAGUGCUAUCACACUUUGCUGCCAGUACACUAAUGUAAUUUGUACAUAAAAUAUUUACUAUUUUAAUUAUUUUUUCAAGGCAUUGUUUAAAGGCAAUGCACAAUGGCCUUUAAAAUGAUUUAUCCAUUUCUCUCUCCAUUGUCACCACCCUUCUUGCUUUCAAGAACCUGAGCAAAAUUCUUCGCUGUGCACACAUUACCAGUUCCCCAUUGCACCACCUUCAUUUCUUUCACUAUGCUCCUUUAUUGUCAAAUAAAAUGAGACAUCUUUCUGAAUGUAGGAAGCACUAUAUAAAAACAGGUUAUUGUAAUAUUACAUUAAUGGUGCUGAGAGUUAUCUGGUUACCCCACUAGUGAUGAAAUUCUAUUUUUGAAGUUAUCGUGAAUUCUCUAUUUUGUGUGUAAGUUGCAAGUCUCUGGUGCUUCCUUGGUGUUCAAGUGGGACAGAUUUUACAUAGGAGUGGUUUUGAAUAAUAAUUAUUGUAAUGUAAUUGUCUAUUCAUCACAUGUAGUAUUCUGAAAGAGUGAAUGAUAAAGUAGUUGGUGAUUUCAAUAUAUUAAAUCCUAAGGCUCCUUACAGUCUGACAAAUAUUCAAUGUUAUAUUUUUCCUCCUCAGUUGCAUUUCUUCUGAAUGUGGUGGCUUGUUCAAGGAUCUAGUCUUGUGUUCUCUUGCAGCUUCUGGUAGAAGAUAUAAUUUGCAGUGUUUAAUUCUGAUUUAUAUGAGCUAAGGCAGUAAAUGCUAGCAACUUAAUUAAUCAUAUAAGGCUUUAACUUCGACCUUGCUCAUGCCCCCUUCCAAUGUCAAUAUAUUCACAUUCUUGUGCCCGCAUGCACAGAUUAUUGUAAGUGUUAUUGGUUAAAGACUAAGACGCACAACAUUAUUGAUUCCCAGCUUUAUCUCUAGGAAUGGGGAAAUCAUAGAGAACAAUUAUACUAUCUUUCUUUGCUGCCCCAGUUUACACCAGUUAACGUAGUGUAGAGCAUCAUAGAAAAGAACAACAGAAUUGAGUUUGGCACUUCUCAGUUUUGUGUAGCUAAGCACCACAAUUGUAUCCAUGCAUUGCACAAUGCUAAAGCUGCUUAGGAUGUACAUUUCUUCAUGUGGAAUAAUCUUUUUUUGCUUUUGUGGCUUCUUUUGAGUCACUGAUGUUCAGAUAACAUAUCUUGAUGAAUCAUUGACCUCCAUACAGUGGAGAACAGUGUUUUGGCUACUUAUUAGGCAAUCUUGUCAAAUGCAGAAACAAAACGAAGUUUGUUGUUUAAAUUCAAUGUUGAAUUUGUGCUGUAAAUACGGUUAAAUGCGGAGCUUGUCUAAUUGACUCUCCUCUCAGUGUUGAGACAUGCAGGCCUGAUUACAUUUGGCUUCAGCAUGUCUGGGGCAAAAAGGAAAAGAAACCGCUUAACUUUCUAGCCCUGUGAUUAAACUUCACUGAUCUAUUGGAAGUGUGCCUUUGGAUUACAUGCUUGCAAGAGUUAGGCCUCCAUGGUGAAAUAAUUUGCUGUUUUUCACUGCACAGUCUCAUGUAAUUGAGAUACCAAAGCGUGACUAACACCUGCUGAUUUGUUCUCCAUUAUGAAUCAGUAACUUCAGGACGGGUGAGAAAUAAGAGAAACAAAGUAGAAGGAAAAUUGAAGAUCACUUUUUUUUAAACUGCGUUCUAAAGGUGUUUUUUGACAAAAUGGUUAAACAUUAUUACUUGAGCAUCUGUUUUAUAAUUAAACCUGAGCAAUAUUAUCAGGUUAAGUUUGUGGUAAGAUACCACAAAAAUCAUUGCCUUAUAAGUGUUCUAUGCUAUCAUUAUUAAAGAGCACACAUUCUUGUUCUAACAAUUGAAGCCUAAAUUACCUCUAGGAUAGUUAGCUUGUGGUGCACAUUAUAGCAGCAUGAUUGGCCAUAAUAACAGGAACAAUGUACAUGCUGCUGUAUAUUAGGCCAUAAUAUAACUUCCCCAAUAUAAUUUCACAUCAGAAUUAUGUACUUUUUUAACUUUUCUAAUUUAAUUAUGUUAAAAGCAGAAUAAGGAUAGGUACAACAGGACAACAAUGUUCAUUCUUCAACAGUGGUAAUUAGUUUAAUACAGUAUAAGAUGCAGUGAUAUUGCCCAAUCAGUAAGGGAGAGAAAUUGAAUUUGGAUGGAGAGGCAUUAAGCAGCCUUGUUAAGAUAACAGCUUCCAAUAUCAGAAAUUUUACAUCAGUGCUAUCCAGCUCCAGCUAUACCACUGCAUGUGUACCACUGCCUAUUCCAGUGAAUUUGAUUUUAUUUGUUACACUAAAAAAGAACACGCUAUCCAGUAAUUUGCAUUGACAGACUUCAAAGUAACAAGUAUAUACUGUUUAUAAUAGAUGCGUUUCUCCAUUUCACAGACUUUUGCAUUUGUGUUUAUACAAUUAAAAUAUAAAAUUUAUUCAAUCUUUAAUUCCUUUCCUUCACCCUCCAAAAACACAUUGGUACUGUUCAUGUAACUUCAAGCUGACAAAAUCUUCGUAAGCAGGUAAAGCUGUUUAUUCAAUUUAAGAAUGCUCAGUAGUCGUUAAAGAAUUCCCAUAAAGUGUUUUUGAUAUUUAGUAUGAUUUUUUCUAAGUACUUAUCAGACAUUAAUAAUUAUAUUUAAAAUAGGGCAAUAAUCUUUGCAUCAAUUUCCAUGAAUCUUUGCAGCUUGGAAAAAUUUGUAUCCCAACCAAUUAUUUUGUGGCAUUCUUUGUAAAAUCCAUUAAAUUGACCUAUGAUCCUGUAGAAAUACAAAAUUAUGAAAUUAUCACUGGGGCAUUUGUCUAUAUCAGAAGGCUUUUUGCAUCUGAUCUAAAUAUUUAACAUGGUAUAUUUAAAACUAUUUAUACUUCUUUACUGAAGUUUCCCUCCCUUCAUCAAUGUAACAGGUGAACUACAGUUUCAGUCAAAAUUACAAAAUUUAGUUAACGUUUGCUAUCUUUUCAUAGAUUUAGGAUUUUCAUUGUUUUAUGUAAUGAGAUAUCUGAAUGAAUUGAAACAGGAGCAGAAAUAUCCAGCAAAAUUCAAUAGGUCUGGCAGCAUCUGUGG